GGUGGUGCCGGACAUUGGCUGCAUUCGUUGCCAGUGGCCGAUAUGUCGACGUUCUGGCUAGUAGUGGCCUCCAUUCUGAUGACCUUAAAUGUGAGCUGGCUUCUUCCCUUCGCCCAAGCCACAUCGGCAUCGAUGUUCCAGUUUCUAGAGCGACCCAAUGCCGAUGGGGAUCAGAGCUGGUCUCACCUGCUGCCCACCAAUUUCUAUUCCGAGAUGAAUCAGCAGUACUACAGGCGAUUUCGGCGACAUGGAAGUGAGAUGGGAGUACACCGGCGACGUCACCAAUUUGAAUAUGCUCAAUAUAUCUAGAGAAUGGAAGUACUUUCUUUUGAAUAAUAAAUUAAAAUGAUUAAAAUAGUAA